CGGCCCCUCAGCCCCGUCAGGCGGCGCCGCGGGCAGCCCGGGCCGCCGGGGCCUGCGCCACCCCCGCCGCCCCGCUCCGCCGCCCCGCCCCGCUCCGCUCCGCUCCGCUCUCACCCGGCGCCGGCACCGCGCAGCCGAUCGUCCCCGGAGCCCCGCGGAGCCGCUGCCCCCCAGGAUGAGCCGCUUGCGCUGCCCCGUGCGUCGGCACCCCGGAGCGGAGAGGCGGCGGCGCGGGAUGGGAUCGCACCAGCUUUGAAGCGCGCAGACCCGCCACUGCUAUGGGAGACUCCGUGGUAGACCCAGCCCGAGGGACAGGCGUGGACCAGGCGCCCGGCUCAGCGCCCCAAGGGAAUGGCGGGACGUCCCUCAGCGUCAUCACGGAAGGUGUCGGGGAGCUGGCGGUCAUCGACCCCGAGGUGGCGAAGAAAGCCUGCGAAGAGGUCCUGGAGAAGGUCAAGUUGAUGCACGGCGUCUCCUCCGACAGCUUGACGAAACCGGCCGAUGGCAGCGAGGCCGAGCGCGCCCCACGGACCGCGGUGGAUUUGGCCAACGGAGACAUCGUGGAGGGCUGUGAAAUCAAGUGCUUGGACGAUCCGCCUGGCACGGCCUCUAAGAUCCAGGAGGAGGACGAGACCGUGGCCAACACUGUGAAAACCGCCCGGAAGCGGCAGAAGAAUAACUCUGCUAAGCAGUCCUGGCUCCUCCGGCUCUUUGAAUCCAAACUCUUUGAUAUCUCCAUGGCCAUUUCAUACUUGUACAAUUCAAAGGAACCUGGUGUGCAGGCUUACAUUGGGAAUAGGUUGUUCUGCUUUAGGAACGAAGACGUGGACUUCUACCUGCCACAGCUGCUGAAUAUGUACAUUCACAUGGACGAGGACGUGGGAGAUGCGAUCAAGCCCUACAUCGUGCACCGCUGCCGGCAGAGCAUCAACUUCUCCCUGCAGUGUGCCCUGCUGCUGGGUGCCUACUCCUCGGACAUGCACAUCUCCACUCAGCGACACUCCCGCGGGACCAAGCUGCGGAAACUCAUCCUCUCGGACGAGUUGAAGCCAGCUUACAAGAAGAGGGAGCUGCCGUCGCUGAGCCCGGCGCCCGAUAUGGGGCUGUCUCCUUCCAAAAGGACUCACCAGAGGUCCAAGUCGGACGCCACCGUUACCAUCAGCCUGAGCAGCAAUCUGAAGCGCACAGCCAGCAAUCCCAAAGUCGAGAGCGAGGAAGAGGAGCUCUCCUCCAGUACGGAAAGUCUCGAUAAGUCAUUCUCUCCCCCUGUCAGACUUGCCCCCGAGAGGGAAUUCAUCAAAUCCCUGAUCGCCAUCGGGAAGCGCCUGGCCACCUUGCCCACCAAAGAGCAGAAGACCCAGCGGCUCAUUUCCGAGCUGUCGCUGCUGAACCACAAGCUGCCGGCGCGCGCCUGGCUGCCGACGGCCGGCUUCGACCAUCACGUAGUGCGGGUGCCCCACACCCAGGCGGUCGUCCUCAACUCCAAGGACAAGGCUCCCUAUUUAAUCUACGUCGAAGUACUUGAAUGUGACAAUUUCGACACAGCGAAUGUGCCCGCUCGGAUCCCCGAGAACCGCAUCCGGAGCACGCGCUCGGCCGAGAACCUGCCCGAGUGCGGGAUCACGCACGAGCAGAGGACCAGCAGCUUCACCACCGUCCCCAACUACGACAACGACGACGAGGCUUGGUCCGUGGACGACAUCGUGGAGCUGCAGGUGGAGCUGCCAGAGAUUCACACCAACAGCUGUGACAACAUCUCCCAGUUCUCUGUGGACAGCAUCACCAGCCAGGAGAGCCGGGAGCCCGUGUUCAUCGCUGCUGGAGACAUCAGGCGGCGGCUCUCGGAGCAGCUGGCGCACACCCCCACCUCCUUCAAGAGGGACCCCGAGGACCCCUCCGCCGUCGCCCUGAAGGAGCCCUGGCAGGAGAAAGUCAGGAGGAUCCGGGAAGGGUCCCCCUACGGCCACCUGCCCUCCUGGCGCCUCCUCUCCGUCAUCGUCAAGUGCGGGGACGACCUCCGGCAGGAGCUACUCGCCUUCCAGGUCCUCAAGCAGCUGCAGUCCAUCUGGGAACAGGAGCGUGUCCCACUCUGGAUCAAGCCAUACAAAAUCCUCGUCAUCUCCGCCGACAGCGGCAUGAUUGAGCCAGUCGUGAAUGCUGUGUCCAUCCACCAAAUCAAGAAGCAAUCCCUGCUUUCGCUGCUGGAUUAUUUCCUGCAAGAACAUGGCAAUUACAACACCGAAUCCUUCCUGACGGCCCAGAGGAAUUUCGUGCAGAGCUGUGCCGGUUACUGCCUGGUGUGCUACCUCCUGCAGGUCAAGGACAGGCACAACGGCAACAUCUUGCUGGAUGCGGAUGGACACAUAAUCCACAUCGAUUUCGGGUUCAUCCUCUCCAGUUCCCCCAGGAAUCUUGGCUUUGAGACAUCUGCCUUCAAACUCACCACGGAAUUUGUGGACGUGAUGGGCGGCCUGGACGGGGACAUGUUCAACUACUACAAGAUGCUGAUGCUGCAGGGUCUCAUCGCUGCGCGGAAGCACAUGGAUAAAGUCGUGCAGAUCGUGGAGAUCAUGCAGCAAGGGUCGCAGCUCCCCUGCUUCCACGGCUCCUCCACCAUCCGCAACCUGAAGGAGCGGUUCCACAUGAACAUGACGGAGGAGCAGCUGCAGCUGCUGAUCGAGCAGAUGGUGGACGGCAGCAUGCGCUCCAUCACCACCAAGCUCUACGACGGCUUCCAGUACCUCACCAACGGCAUCAUGUGAUGGCCGCGGCCGCCCUCUCCCGCAACGUCUCCGUGCCCGGCCCGGGCCUGAGCUUCGUCCCCGGGGACGAGGUCUCGGUCCUCGACGGUAAAAAGGAAGCCGAGUCUCAGCAUCUUCCCGGGGCUGCUUUUUGCCAAGACUCUUCAACGAAAUGAAA